GACAAGGCGUCGACGACGAACGGACAGGACACCUGUUUUUUCACUUGAAACGCGUCAUUUCGGAAUGUCGACCGAGGUUUUUCAUUUUGGAAAAUGUCAAGGGGCUGCUGAGCAUCGAUGAGGGAUCCCUGAUACAAGAUAUCAAGCGGUUGUUGGAAGCACUGGACUAUGAGGUCUCCUAUGAAGUGGUAGAUGCAGCGAUGUUAUUGCCGCAGCGAC